UAUUAUGUGUAGAGGAGCAUUUUGCCUCUGCCAGACUCUUUCUUCUGUGUAGAUUAGUGUUUGAGAAAAGAGGCAUAUAAUAUAUUGCAUAGCCAUUAUUAUAGCAAAAACUGAGAUACAUAUAUAUAUUUAUACAUAUGUGAAGAAUGAGAAGACCUUGUUGUGAUAGAGAUGGGAUGAACAAGGGAGCAUGGUCGAAGCACGAAGACCAAAAGCUGAUUGAUUAUAUCACAACUCACGGCGAAGGAAGUUGGCGGUCUCUCCCCAAGGCUGCAGGUCUGCACCGGUGUGGCAAAAGUUGCAGGCUAAGAUGGAUUAACUAUCUUAGACCAGACAUCAAACGGGGAAACUUUGGCCAAGACGAAGAGGAUCUCAUUACCAAGCUUCACGCCCUACUUGGCAAUCGGUGGUCUCUAAUUGCUGGAAGGUUACCAGGGAGGACGGAUAACGAGGUGAAGAACUAUUGGAAUUCACACUUGCGAAAGAAGCUCAUAAAAUUAGGAAUUGAUCCAAAUAAUCAUAGGGUCAACCAAAAUCACGGUGCUACUCAUCCUCAAACUACUCAUCAUAAUGACCAUAAUGUUAUUUCUGGCUCAAUCAACGGCCAUGGCACGACCUCAGAUGCGGCGAGUUGUCUUGAAGAAUAUGAAACAUCUGCAGCUGCCUCUUCUGAUCAUCAUCACCUAAAUCUUGAUCUUACCAUUGCCUUUCCUUUUUCUGAUCAUUACGAGCAUGGUCAUGACCAUCGGCUUAUAGAGAUUGAACCACAAAAUAACGAGCCCUUCAAGGCAAAGGAUAAGAUUAUGGAAGUUAGUACUAAUAAUAUUUACACUACUUUUCCUACUCUUAUCCUUUUUAGAUAAUUAACUAAUCACUCCAUAAUUAGCUAUAUAUUAAAUCAAAUGAUAUGGAAUUAUUAUCUCCGGGGUAGCCAAUGCUACCUCUAGAGAAAUUAGGAAAAAAUAAAGAUUUGCUUGGCCACUAAGUACUCUUUUGUUUUGUUUUGUUUUGUUAGUUAUUAUUUUUUUAUGUAUAAAAUGUAUAUCUUGAAAACAUUAUUGGAACAUUAUCUUUAUCCGUCAUUAUUAUCAUUUUAGAAGAGCAAAAGAGAAUAAUUAAUGUUGUCUAAACAAGCCCUAGGAUUCCCUUAAAAAAAAAAUACCCUAGGAAAGCUCUUUUGUAUCUAGUUUUGUCUACCUCUUCUUGACCUCCCAGAAACAAGAUUAUAAAUUGGAGAAAGAAAAGGGAAGUACGUACUGGUCAUUUUAUUGGGUAGGCAGCUUUUUGUAUUGUGGAUCAGAAAAUGAUGGUUCGAUCGAGAUCAUCAUCAGAAGAAUAGUAGAUAUGAAGUUUGUGCACAUGGUGAUAUAUGACAACGACUGAUAUGUAGAUACAAAUUAUUAUUUUCAUAUAUAUUAUAUAUGAUGCUACUUAAUUAGUAGAUGUUGAGAAAGAAUAAAUGUGCUUAUAUUUUCUUCUAAAUUUGAAUGAUUAUAUUAUAUCUAAAUCUGGCCAGGAAUCCUAUCCCGCGUUCGGGCUAAGAAAAAUGUAUGUAUAUACAUAGGCGACAGAUGUAAUUUCUCAUAAAAAGAGAUACUGAAACCGCUUUUAAUUUAAGUCAUCCAGUUAGAAUACAUUGUUGAUCGGAUGGUAGAUACUAAUUUGAAUUGAUUAAUAAUAUUUUUAAUUAUGUAUUUUAA